AAAAAUGCCAAGACCCUCUCUGCCUUAGUUCUGUUUUGUUUUUGCUCUGUUUCUUCGUGUUCUUCUUCCUUUGGCUUUUGAGGUUCAUCAUGGAGAAGCACAAGUGCAAGCUUUGCUUCAGGAGCUUCUCCAAUGGCAGAGCUUUGGGGGGUCAUAUGAAGUCUCACAUGAUGAACCUUCCUCUUACAAAGCCAGAAGAAGAGUCAACACGAGCGAUCCAACUCAGUUUUGAAGCUGAAUCAGCUUCAUCGUCGUCAUCAUCUUCGGAAGAAGAAGGUGAUGAUGAUAAGGGUCUUUGUUGUGGCCUCAGAGAGAACCCAAAGAGGAGCAUUCACCUUGUAAAUCCUGAGUUUUCUUUCGCUGCUGCGGAUACUGGGACUGUGAUUCUUCAAGAUAGAGAGAGUGAGACCGAGUCAUCGAAGAACAACCCAACGCGUAGAAGAUCCAAAAGGGCAUGGAAACUCGGUAUGUUCAAUUAUAAGUACCAUCAUAAUAACAUCAAGCAAUUUCAUAAUCAUGAAGCCACGAUGAAGAAGGUAAAAUUUUGCGAACCUAGUAAAACAGAAUCGUGGGUCGACCAUGAACCUGUGAGUUCGGUUUCUGAUAUAACCGCCGAGGAAGAUGUUGCAUUUUGUCUAAUGAUGCCGUCUAGGGACAAAUGGAAGAGACAAAAGGAUUUGAAACAAUUGGCGGAAGACCAAUAUGAAGAAGAGGAAGAUGAAUCCGAGAGAUCCUUGGAAGAUAGUGAUGAAUCCGAGGAGCAGAUAAAAUUGUCGAAGAACCGAGUACGAGGAAGGUAUAAAUGUGAUACCUGCAAGAAAAUGUUUCGAUCUUAUCAAGCACUUGGUGGUCACAAAGCGAGUCACAAGAAGAUCAGAGUGAACGUAAUAGUGGAUGAACCAGGAUUUGAGCACGGGAACAAUGGAACUUAUGCUCCUAUGGUGGUGGAAAAGAAAAUCCAUGAGUGCCCAGUUUGUUUCAGAGUCUUUGCUUCGGGUCAAGCACUCGGUGGACACAAGAGAACCCAUGUUCCUGGAUCAGCAACAAUCAGUGUUCCAAGUUUAACAAAGUUUAGAAACAACUUUAUAGAUCUUAACCUUCCUGCUCCAAUUGAUGAUGAUGAUGAUGAUAUUAGCCAAAUCGAGAACUCUGCAGUUUCAGAUGGAGAAUUUGUCAAAACCCAAUAGGCAAUGAAGAUUUUCCAAGUUGAAAAUUUUUGUUUUUGGUGCACUGAUAUCUUGAUGAUCCAAAGGUAACAAAUUUUUAUCAUUUUUAUACAUGUUCUGCAAAUUUUGU